GGUUCCGGCACGGCGCUCCGGCAAACACCCCCAUUUCCUUUCUUUCUUUUUUUUUCUUUUUUUCUGCAAAAAACAAAAAUGGUAAACCACACCGAGCAGGAAUCUUCGCUCGUUUUGACUAGGGAAUUGCUCCGUACUGCCAUCUUCAACAUCAGUUACAUCAGAGGCCUCUUUCCCGUGAAGUAUUUCAGAAAUAUAUCGGUUCCUGCUUUAGAUAUGAAGAUGAAGAAGCUAAUGCCUAUGGACGCUGAAUCACGCCGAUUGAUUGGCUGGGUGGAGAAAAGAGUCUACGAUGCCCUGCAGAAGAAAAACCUGAAGACACUUACGUUCUACAUCUGUGAAACAGUAGAUGGUCCGAUGAUUGAGGAAUACACAUGUAAGUUCUGGGGAGAUGAUUGAUUAGCUCAAUUAUAGUGUAGUUCGCUGGUGAAAUGGUCCGAUUUAAUUGAUACUCUCCCCUCCCUGUCUAUUUAUAUCCUGGGAACUGGGAUUAGCCUGGGAAGGAUUCUUGUGGUGAUUGCAGCCAUUUUCUGGGACUCAGCCCCUUUCUUUUCCACAACUUUCUUGGACUCGUUUGACUCCUCAACUUUUUUUGGACUCGUUUGACUCCUCCUUUGGACUCACUUUUAUUGACUCUCUUUGCAUCAUUUCCUUGUCUAACACUUCCAGAAAUUUAACUGUGCAAUACACAUUCACAGGCUCCGAUUCAGAAAUAAACAUACACAGAAAUAAACCAAAUAAACAAUAAUUUUAUUACUUAUCUAGUAGUUUUUCUAUCGUGACUUUUCCGGCUUUCUCA